AUGCAUCAAACUUCUCAGGCUUCCCCAGCCACGCAACCCAGACGUCUACCGAGCAAUGUCUACUAUUUCCGUCCCUACAGCUACUAUUACGUUAUGGUUUUCAUAUUCCUGGGGGCUUUUACAUGCUCUGGUCUGUCGGACUACGCAUCUCAGGGCUCUUGCAUUCUCCUCUGGACGGCAUACAUUACCCUCACGCUUCUAUUGAUAACCAUCGACCCGCUGUGUGUGUUUGAGUUCAAGUGCCGGGAUGAGGACGGGCGCGAUGUGAUCUUACGCCGUCCGGUGGUUGGUUUCAAAGCGUACGAGGUGGCGAUUGAUUUGGAGGCCAUUGCAAAACGAGAAUAUACGGUUGAGGGCGGUGGUGACGAUGAUCGCCUCCACGAUGGCUAUCGGUAUGGAUAUGCGUUUCUUCGAAUUUGA